UUUUAUGAGUUAAGGUUUAUUUUGAAAUUCAAGCUGAAAUCACAUUCUUGUUCAGUCAUUAACUUGACGUUAGGGUAGCUUAGCUACUUUUGUAUAUAAGUCACUUUUACAAUCUUUUCGACUUUGGGGUUAGAAACGUUUUACUGAUGAAACAUUAGAUUAACUUCGGGGCAGAUAUGGCUAAAGAACAACAACCUCACUGGUCGGAUAUUUUGAAAAGGAGGCUAGCUAACCCUAAAAAAGACGAGAGAAGCGACGAGGAAAAGAAAGCAGAAGAAACUGAGCUGUUCACAAAAUAUUACACAGAGUGGAAAGGAGGAAAAGACAAAGACAAGUCCUACAAGAACAUCCCGCGUUUCUACUACAGGCUACCAGCAGAGGAUGAAAUAUUACUUCAGAAGCUGAGAGAAGAAUCCAGAGCAGUCUUCCUCCAGAGGAAGAGCAGGGAAUUGCUGGAUAAUGAGGAACUGCAGAAUCUGUGGUUCCUGCUCGAUAAACACCAGGUGCCUCCAGUGAGUGGAGAGGAGGCCAUGAUCAGCUAUGAAGCCUACCUGCAGGUGGGGGAGAGGGCUGGGCCCAAGUGCAAAAAAUUCUUCACAGCCAGAGUGUACGCCAAGCUGCUCCACAACGACCCUUACGGCAGAAUCUCCAUCAUGCAGUUCUUUAACUAUGUCAUGAGGAAAGUGUGGCUGCAUCAGACACGGAUAGGUCUGAGUCUGUAUGAUGUGGCAGGACAGGGCUACCUCAGAGAGUCGGAUCUGGAGAACUACAUCCUUGAGCUCAUCCCCACUCUGCCUCAGCUGGACGGCCUGGAGAAGUCCUUCUACUCUUUCUACGUCUGCACUGCUGUUCGCAAAUUCUUUUUCUUCCUCGACCCUCUGCGAACCGGGAAGAUUAAAAUCCAGGAUAUAUUGGCUUGCAGUUUCCUGGACGACUUGUUGGAGUUGAGAGAUGAGGAGUUAUCUAAGGAGAGUCAGGAGUCCAACUGGUUCUCUGCCCCCUCGGCUCUUCGGGUCUAUGGCCAGUACCUGAACCUGGAUAAGGACCACAACGGCAUGUUGAGCAAAGAGGAACUCUCACGCUACGGCACAGCCACUCUCACCUCCGUCUUCCUGGACAGGGUGUUUCAGGAGUACCUCACCUAUGAUGGAGAAAUGGACUAUAAGACCUAUCUAGACUUUGUAUUGGCUUUGGAAAACAGGAAGGAGCCAGCAGCGUUACAGUAUAUCUUUAAACUUCUGGAUAUGGAGAAUCAAGGAUACCUCAAUGUCUUCUCCCUCAACUACUUCUUCAGGGCCAUUCAGGAGCAGAUGAAGCUGCACGGUCAGGAGCCUGUCUCCUUCCAGGAUGUCAAGGAUGAGAUCUUCGACAUGGUGAAGCCUAAAGACCCCUACAAAAUCACUCUCCAGGAUUUGGUAAACAGUUGUCAGGGCGAUACCGUCACCAGCAUCCUGAUCGACCUCAACGGCUUCUGGACCUAUGAGAACAGAGAAGUGCUGGUUGCUAAUGACAACGACAACAGUAACACGGCUGACCUUGAUGACACCUGAGAACGAUCAUGAGUUUCACAGAUUUCAUUCCCAACAGUAACAAACAUUAUGUCCUGUUCAAGUGUCAGCAGGACGUUGAACCUUCACCUGCUGACUCAGGUCCCUCUGGAUACGUUGCAAUUGAAUAACUGAACUGUGGAAAGCCUGGAAUGAAUGGAGGGAGGGGGUGAAAAGAAAUGGAUGAGAUGGACGGAAGACAGAGAGCGAGGCAGGUUGCUUUGUGUAAAUAUUGUUCUGUGUUCCCGCAAAGAAUG